AUGGCUAGCCAUAUUGACUUAACACUAAUCAACCCUUUCGUUGCGUUCUGUUUCAAAUCUGAAACACAGAAGUUCGCUUUUGGUCUACGGUACGGCGAGGAACAUGACCUUCAACCGCCGGAGAAUCUUGCCGUGUCAUCGUCAUAUGAGCAGACCACAGCCCCUCCUGUUAUGUCCUCGCUACCUAAUCGGUCAAAACCAUCAGUUGGAUCGGUGUCAGCUUCCGGGAAUGAUAACCAUACACAUGGAGUGAACGUCGGGUCAUUUUCACUUCCCACAGAUAAGCACUUCGUAAAGUCGAUGGCUGUGGAAAUGGACUUGUCAGAGGCCAGCACCAUAAGCGAUCGCCAGUACCUGUCCUCUGACCAUCCGACCCCAGGCACAAACCAGUCAUCGAGCAGUUCGAUUUCCCCGCGUAUUAUAGACCAACCAUCGCCCCCCGUUCAACAACACCACAAACGGCAACAGCUCCAGAGACCAAAUCCCAAUGCAUAUGUCCCCGACCUCCCUCCCUCCCAAUUUGAAUCCAGCCUUGACAACAAUACUGGAACUGCUUAUGCAAACUACUUUACCCCUGGAAAUCCACCCCCAAACACCGCUGGAUUUGAAAACCCUUUUGCCUUUCCCGCUGGAUGGAACACUCGGGGUACCCACCAGCCAUCCUCGGCAUCUACCUCUGCAGAACUCGUUGAUCAUAUACCAAACCUUGACAAUAUUACCUGGCCUGGUGGAGUAGAUCCCCUGUCCUGGGAAACCUAUCAGGGCUAA